AUUCUUUCUCUUUGAGAGAUUAUCUUAUCGCUGAAAAUCGUACUUCACGGUUCUCAUAUUUGUGGUAUAUUCAUUUGUUGUUGGAUUUAAUAUGGGAUUGAAUCUGAUACUGGCAUAGAAACAUAUAAAGACAGAGUCUCCGUAUAAAGCUUAAAGAGAUGUAAAUGAUGGUUUCCAUAAAUUAUUCUACCUCUGUUUAAUGAAUCCUUUUGCAGUAUCCAAGGGUAUUAUCUCAAAAUAUGUGUGUGAUAAGAAAUAUUAUCUCUAAGACUCCAAAAAAAAGAUAGCAGUUCCAAAUUCAUUGCUUUGUGUGUUAGACAUACCCCCACACGUUCUUAAACAGUCACAUGAAGAUAGUUUUUAAGCAUUUUCCAGCCGAAAACCAUUCAUUCUAUCUUUGAAAGCCAAAGAGACAAUAGUUUAGACAUUCCCAAUGGAUCUACUCAGCCCCGAAGAAUGUCUGCUCAUAGCUCAGAGGACACUGAAAGAAAAGGAUAAAUCAAACCUUAUACUCUUGGACUCCCAGCUAGAGGCUGGCUCCAACGAGCUCAUGGGUUAUGGGGAGUACUACAAAUUGAGAUUGACGGUGGAAGACACUGCAGAUAAGGAGAAACAAAUUCUGGAUUAUUUUAUCAAAAGUUUGCCGCGUAAAAACGAACCGCAACGUGCAGAGUGCGAGCGCAAGGGGGUGUUCCGCAAGGAAUCAGCCAUUUACACAGAAAUACUACCAAAUGUACAAAAAUAUGCCACAAAGAAGCUCUUUCCAAAAUGCUUCUACAGUCGUAAUGAUAUCAUAGUCCUGGAAGAUCUCACCCAGGAAUAUCGACAUCUCAAGGCUUCGGAGAGCUAUACCCUGGAGCACUACAAACUGGUACUCGAGCAUUUGGCGGAGGUACAUGCCGCCAGCAUAGCCUGGGAGGAAAAGGACCAAGUCAACAUUUGCGAGCGCUUCAAGGAUGUGCUGAUUGAGCUGCACUUGAGCAUGGAUAACUCUUGGUUCACGACUGGACUGAAAGCAAUUGUCUUCCUGGCCGCCAGACAUCCCCAAUAUCAAACAGAGGAAUAUCAGAGUUUCAUCAACAAUAAACUGUACAAUCUACUGACCAAAUCAGAGGAACUGGUGACCCCCUCGCUGACCAUUAGGAAUGUCCUGUGCCAUCGCGAUACCUGGGAUCGGAAUAUCUUCUUUGGAUUUGAGAGUGAAUCAUCCGCUCUGCCCAGUGCCUGUUGUAUUGUGGACUUUCAGCUAGCAAAAUACUGUUCUCCCACUCUCGAUGUCCUCUUCCUGCUGUACAUUGUGGCAUCGGCAAGUGUGCGGCGGGAGAUCUAUGAAGAGUGCCUGGACCACUAUCACCUUGCUCUGCAAUCUCACUUAACUCGUCUGGGACUGGAUGGCGAACUCAUUUCGCGGGAAAACUUUUUGGGGGAAUGCCAACGCACUCGUCUGGCUGCUCUGAUCAUUUGGGCCCUCACCGAACCCCAAACCAAGAUGUCGUCCAGCGUUUCGAAUCGACUACGCUCGGAGGAGCCCGAGAAGUUUGACUAUUAUCUCAACACCGAUCGCAGUGAGAUGCUGCUGCGGGUGAUGAAGCUUCAGCCCGGCUACGAGCAGACUAUAAUGUCACCCGUCAAGGAGCUUGUGGAUUAUCUCAUCGAAAACGAACACUUGUAUGCCUAGAAAAGUCGGUCUUAUCGUACUGUGAUCUUGAGAUAAAGAAGUGUAUUUCGAUUUGAGAUGUAUCAUACCUGUAGUGCUUCCAACUUAAGAUAGAAAUACGAUAAAUGUUGGAAAAAAGUUCAUUUUGGUAUUUAUAUUUUAGCAUCCACGGAUCUUGUCAGUAUCGACGUGCUGAAGAAA